AUGGUGCACAGAGAGGAAGGCCUGGAGCUUCACUUGGAACUAGUUUCCAAGCAAAGGAGGAGUACUCGCGCGGGGACAAAGACCGCGGCCAUGCAGGAGGAGAUGGCGGCCCUCUGCUCCAAGCUGAGCGCGACAAACGCUCGCCUUGUCAUCGCGGAGAAUGCCAAGGCGAAGCUAGAGCAAGAGAUGGUCUCUGAAAAGGAAAAAUACCGCAAGUUAAAGGAGCAGCGCGCUGCCCAGGGGAAGGAGACCCUCGAAGAGCACGAGGAGGAGAUGGAAUCUCACGCAAAGCUUUACGACAAGAAAAUCAGGGAGAUCGAAAUUCUACGGAGUACAAGAGAUUCACAUCCGGCCCUUUCCCGUCCUUCAAGGGAGCACGAAAAGCAGCUCGUCAUUUGGAGGAAGCAGCUGGACGAUCUACGAGAGUCCAAAGAAGAGGAAGCGGGAAAGAGCGCGUUCGUGAUAAGCAGACUCAAGGCCGAUUUGGAAAUCGCACAUCAGAAGGCAAGCGUCGCAGACAGAACCUGUCGUUUGAUCUUGACGCUGGACUCAUUCCCCACUUUAAUAUUGGAUUCGUAUGUUCUCAGUACCACCGUCGUCAUUGUUGCCAUUGUGCUGUUGGCAGGCAAAGCAGCCGGGGGAGACGAGCGAGUUUCGGCCGCGCAGGGCAAGCUGGACGCCCUUCGCGAGGAGCAGGAGAGAGUCACCGCCGACGCCAAGUACGAAAAAGAGGCGGCAGAAGAGGUGCUGCAAGACACGAUCAAAACAUACAAGGAGAAGCUAAAAGAAGCCGCUCGGCUGAAGAAGCAGAGCGACGAGCGGGUCGCGGAGCUGGAGCCGGAGGUGGAGAGGCUGGCUGCGAGAUGCAAGGAACUCGUUCAGCAGAAGGACAUUACGAGCGAGGAACGGGCUCGAAUAGAGAAUGCUCUUCGUCAGCAACACCGCUUGGCCGACGAACAGAGAGUGCAGGAGACGGCAAAUCGGCUAGCAGGGCUAGAGCAGGAGCAACAAAAUCUGCUGUCGAGGGUGCUCGAAGCCGAGGCUAAUGCCGACAGACAUCGGCAUGCUGUAGAAGACCUGGUGCUGGUGCUGGAGCAGGCCAUGGGUACCCAGGCAGCGCUGAAGGCGGCGGCGGCAACGCAGAGGGCCGAGGAUGCUGUGAGGGAGUCGUCGCCCACACCUGGUGUUGACACCACCGAGGCCGAAAAGGCCGCUCGGGAGAAGGCUGCCGGUCUUCAGGAGGAGCUCUCCAAGGCAAACAUCAGGGUCGAAGACUUGCAGCGGGAGCUCACGAAGGCGGAGCAGAGCGCGAUGGAAGCAGCGCAUGAGCAGAAGAGGGCUCGAGAGGCAGUAGAGCGGGCGGCGUUGGCCGAGGAACAAGCACGGGCCGCGGCCGAAGCCGCCGAAACCGCCGCAGCGAGCGGCCCAAGCGAGCACCAGCAGGACAUGUUCGAGGUGGAAGCGAUCCUCAAAGCAGAGGUCCGCGAUCUCGAGGAAAGGGUGCGGACGGCCGAGGGCGAGGCAGACCUGCUCCACCACGAUCUCGUGGACGCCGAGCAAAACAUUGAAGAGCUGCAAGACGAAGUCGGGGCGCUGGCGGAAAGCAGGGCCAAGAUGAGGAUGGAAGUCCACCAGGCCCACUGUCAGAUUCAGCGCAUGACCGUGGAGAGGGCCUCCCUCCGACGGCAAGGGGUGGACACGGCCAACUUGCUCUCCAAGACAGAGGCCCUGCUGCGAGAAGUGACGGGAUGCAUCGACCAAAAGGAGAAUAUGCCGACGUACACCAGGGUGGCAGAACUCCUCUCGGCCAUUCGAAAGCGCAAGAUCGACGAGAGGGCCGUCAAGAUGAACCGCGCGCGGGACCGCAUCGAGGCGGAGAACCGGGCCCGGAUCGAGAAGGCCCUGAACGCCUUGAGGCUCAGGUCCCAGGACAGCGUCGCCGGGCGCCUCGAGCGCGCCCCCGCGCACCUUCACGGCAUCCUCUCCGUCUUUCUCGACCCCAGCUUCCAGAAGGCCUUCCUCGACUACGCUAAGCGGUAUGCCCGAGGCGAGGUGGUCCUGCCCUCAGCCCUUCACAAACAAGCCACCUCUUCUGCAAACAUGUUCACGUCGUCAUCGAAGGAGAGCGAAAAAAUCGCCGGCGACGGCGGUGGAAACCCCCCGCCGCGGCGGGCAAUUAGCCUCGACUACCCGGAGACGUGCCUGGGGCACGGGCCCACGACGCCCACCGCGGCCGCCGCCGCGGCCUCGGUGCCCGCACUCGCGAACGGCUUGGAAAGGCGCAGACAAGUGAUGUUCGGGGACUUGCCGCCGACCAAGUCGGAGGCGAACAUGAUAGCCGCCGGAAGGCAUCGAUCGUCUUUAACUGCACCCGGUCGGAACGCCGGCGGUGAAGGUGGUGGCACCGUGGGACGUGAUGGUGACGGUGUUCGGCGAAACCAGCAAACAGGGAAGAGGAAGUCGAGGGAUGGGCGGAAGCGGUCGGCAGAUGGAGGCAACAAAAACCCGGGAACGCAAUGGCGCAGACACCGUGAAGGAUCAGACUUCACCAUGACCCUCACCACAGAGAGUGCGGUCGGUCGAUCUGCGAGGACCCCUUCUAAGGGGGGUGUUCAGGGGGGCGCCGCGCUGGUACCUGAACAAGGCUCAGAAACUGCGGCGACCGCACAAGCGGCGGCGGUAGCAGCGGCAGCCGCGCUGGAAGAGAUCAACGUCCGGGUCGGGCAGCUGGAUGCUCAACGGCAGGGUCUAGAGGAGCGCGAGGUCGGUGGGAGUCGAGAGCUCGGAGCAAUGUCCGACGGGUUGGAAGCCGAGGCUGCCAAAAUUGAUCAGCCAGGUCCCGAGAAAGACAGGCUAAGGGAGGAAUUGCGGGCAGUGAUCUCCAAGGAAGAGGCCGGCGCAGCCCGACUGGAAGAGCUGUCCCAGCUAUCCUCAGCGGCGACCAUAGCCAGAAAAAAGGCUGAAGAUGCCCAUGCUUCGGCAGUGGCAGAGGAAGCAGAGGCGGCGAGCGAUGCGAAGGCCGCGAUGUCGGCGGAGGGGGCGUUAGCUUCUGGUUCUACCAGCGCCCGGAGUGGAGGAAGCGGGGAUAGCACCAACCUCGCCAUGGCGACAGCGUCGCCGGAAAGAGCGGGAGAGGCGAGUGAAAAUGCCCCAGAGGGACGAACCAUCACGAAAGAAGAGCUCGCCGCCGAACCGUCACCCUCUGGUGCUACUUCUGCUGCCGCCGCUGAUGGCUCUGUGCGAGAGAAGAGGCAAGACAGAGUUCUGGACUCGAAAAGGCCAGCCGCAAGAAGGCCCGCGUCGAACGUCAAACGUCGGCGAACAAGCAGCAGUGGCGGCGGCUGCAGCAGUCGCGCGUCUUCUCGCGGAAACCAUGAUGAUUCAACGACCCCACCCGGCGAUACAACAGCCGACGAUGGCACGGUAAACGGGGAAGCGAUUGUCCCAACGACGGUAGCAACAGCAGCAGCAACAGCCACGGAAAGCUUGACGCUGCACCCCGUGUUCGCCCACAUGGAACGAAAGGCAAAGAGUGCGGAGGCCUCCAUCGCUGCCGCAGCGUCAGUCGUGGAAAUGACCCUGGAGGCCGAGGCCCUCGCCGAAAAAAUGUCCGCGUGCAAAGGAAAACUAGAGGCCGCAGCGGCGGCGGAAGCACCCGCCACAAAGGCGCAUCGGUACAGCAGCACUUCGUCGUCUGGAAUGCCCAAUCCUGGCGAAAUUGAGGCGACGAAGGAGCUGGAAGAGUUAAUAGAGAGCAAGUCCGAGGUCGCAAAGAAGCUGGCGGGGACAUCCCUUGAGUCCAUCCUCACGGCAGUGAAGUUGCUGGGGAAAAAGCGAAACGAGCUCAACAAGGAUGACCGAGAGGGCAUCGAGGCGAACAAAGCUACGGAAAAGGCGCUGGAGCGUACCCUAGCCUCGGCCGACAUGGUGGAGGUCAGCGUGGCCCUCGCCGAAGCCUCUCUCCACAAGCGAGAGGGCGCCGCACUCCUCAAACACCACCGGAGGCGAAAACGGCAACAAGGUGACCAUGGCAGCCUCCGCAGCGAGAAAAGCCUUGGCAGCGCCUCCUCCCCACCGGGGAACACCCCCGCUACCACGGGAACCGCAGACGAAGAAAUGGUCGGCCGCUACUGGAACGACGAGAAGGCGGCCGAAACCGAGCGCCGGCUAGCCAUCCUGUCGAAGAGUCUCGAAGCCAGCGACAUUCACGACCUCCAGAUCCUGCGUAAGUCGCUCCAGCGAGAGUUGGACGACGCGGGGAGCGCGCUGCGGGAGUCCAAGCCCAGCCGCUUCCGAGUUGAGACUACUUCCGCUGGCGAGGGGGAAGAACACACGUAUUCUUCAACAGCCGGGGAAGAACCGGCGGCGGCGGCGGACACUGCCGACGAGGAUGGGCGAUGGAAGGCGGAGGUCCUUGCCCAACGCGUGGACGCGAUUGAGAGGGCGGUAGAGAGGAAAGGGGGCUGGCGGUCUGCGGUUUUCCUCGACAAGAACGGCGGCGAAGUCAAUGUGGACGUCGACGUGGAGCCCUGGCCCGCUGCGGACGGGGUCCUGAUGCUGCAGACCGUGAGGGACGCCCUAAACGUUCAGCUCAUAGAGUCCCGGUCAAAGGUGGAGGAACUGGAAGACAUGGCGGCUUUGGUACCGAGCAGCGAGGGGCUUGAAGGUCAUCUCGAGGCUGCCGCCGACCUCCACCGAGCGGUGACGCUUCUCUGGGAAGGAGUCGGCGACGUCCUUAAGUCCCGCGCAGAGAAGAGAACGGCCGAGCCACCGGCGGAGCCCCUGUCCUCCCAGGAGCUCACAACGAUGUCGCAAGCACAGGGUAAACCACGCCCCACUGCCUCUGACGUUUCUGAUACCCCUGUCAUCGACAACGCCAUCGCUUCUACUGCCAACAGCGCCGAGGAAAACGACCCGAUCUUGAAGAUGCUCCAGGAUGAGGAGUUCCUAGAAAUACCCAUGCACCUGGAAGACUUGCCCCUCCCGAUCGUUACCAACGCCUUCUCCGUAGACAUCGACAGGGUCACAGCGAUAACCAAGUAUGUCGUCGCUGGCCUGCUCCGUGAGCUUUCCGCAGCGGCAGCAGCAGUAGCGGCGGCGGCGGCGGUCUCAAGCAAGCACAGUACCGCCGAAGCCCGCCAACGUCGUGGUACGCUGCCCCAGGAUCCGCCUAACCCGGUGGCGCCACCAUCUGCCGACAAGGCUAGCCUUCCUGCUGCAAGAGUUCCGCUUGGGACCCCGACUCCUCAAGAAUUACCGCCCGAUGAUGACAUAUGGUCGUCCAAAAGUGGCCAGGAGGAAUUAUCAGAGCCUGCCUCGGAGAGGGUGUCGGUGGCGGCGAGCGAAGGAGAAGUAGAAGAAACUCCAUCGACGGAAGAAGCGGGCGUGAAUAUCGAUUCCGGGCUCCAAGCCGAAGUGGCUAUUGUGGCUAUUUGUGGGGUGUGGGGCGCAAUGGGGAUUAGAGCGCCACCUCCGGAAACCGCCAAAGCCUAG